AGUUCUGAGGUUGUAACUACUAAGAAGUUUGUAGGUUAUAAUUUUCAGGUAUCGGCUAAACGUAGUGGUUGAUACUUUUUGAAACAUUUUAAUUUGAAAAGUCGUGUAUGAAUUUCCGAAUUAUUAUAAGAAAAAUGUCUAAUAAUGCAACAGUUAAAUUAAUUAAUAAUGCCGAAAAGGCUGAGAAACGACUAGCUGAAUUAAAAAAUAAGCUAGAUGAAGUUAAAAAAAUUAAAGUCGAAGAAAAAAUUAGACAGCUGACACAAGAGAAUGAAUCUUUGUUGAGUCAAGUUGAAAAAGCAAAAGCUGAGUUAAUAAGACUUGAAAUACAAAAUGGUAAAAAGCAAUAUCCGUUACCUGGUAAAACAAUCGCAGAUUCAAAACCUAUAGAUGAUGCGGAACCUGUUCCUAAAAAAGAGAAAAAAGAAAAAGAUGUUAAGAAGAGUAAAGAUAAGCCACUGCAAAAAGUUACAAUCAUCGAACCGAUUGUUGAUGUUAGAAAGUUGGACCUUAGAAUUGGCAAGAUUGUUGACAUAAAUAAACAUCCGGAUGCAGACUCAUUAUAUGUAGAAAAGAUUGACUGUGGUGAAGACAACCCACGGACAGUUGUUUCAGGUCUUGUCAAUCAUGUUCCGAUUGAAGAAAUGAAAGAGAGGAUUGUUAUGGUCCUUUGCAACUUGAAACCUGUCAAGAUGCGUGGAGUUACCUCAGAAGCAAUGGUUAUGUGUGCUUCAUCUCCUGAAAAAGUUGAAGUACUUAUCCCACCCAAUGGAGCUACUCCUGGUGAUCUUGUUUCAUGUGAAGGCUAUCCUCGGGAACCAGAAGCACAACUAAACCCUAAGAAAAAAAUAUUUGAAACAUGUGCCCCUGAUCUCAAAACAAAUGAUGAAGGUGUUGCUUGUUAUAAGGGAAGUCCUUUAAUUGUUCCAGGAAAGGGUUCUAUUACAGCACCUACUCUAAAGGGUGUACAUGUUAAGUAAUUGUUUUUUUAUUUAUUAUCAUCCUCUACAAUAAAUGAUAUUUUGAGGGUGAAA